GUCAAAAAGGAAAGUAUGCAAAUCACUUGCAAAACUAUUGAAGGAAAAAGAUGUAAGAGAACUUAGGGGUUUUUUCGAAUCGUUGUCCAGUAAUACUUCUAGUAAGUCAGAACUAGAAAAAGUCCAUCAAGCGGCUGCAAAAGGCCUAUUAUCUCGUUCUGUCAUGGAUAUUCUUACAGGCAAACGUCCUAUUAAGAAAAAAACACAACUAGAUUUAGAACCGGGGAAAAUAUGCACUUCGCUUGGCAAAUUACUAGCAGGCAAAGAUGACAAGGAAAUCGAUGCUAUACUCGACGGCUUACGGCCCUCUGAUUUAGAUGCUGCUAGAAUGAGGAAAGUCCGUAGAGCGGCUAGAAGAGGAAAAGUUACUCCAUCUCUUUUAAAGAUGUUGGGCAGAAUGGAUAUGGGAGAUGCACCUGCUAGUAUUAAAGACCAUGUCUUAAAUAACAUUGCAAAAGCGGUAAAUAAGUUCCAUGUAACAACAACCUCUAUGGAUGAAAUGCUUAAAGACAUAGCUUCAUGUGAGGAUGCAACGUGCAUAUUGAACCAUGUACGAAAAGCAAUAGAAAAGGGAAGAAUACCAUUGGAAGUAAUGGGUGAAAUGCUACAAUUUAUACGUCCAGCUGAUGACAAGUGUAAAGUGACUGGCAAGCUUCGUAAAGCAUUAAAAAAACGACUCGUACCACCAAAAGUUAUCGAAGAUUUAUUUGCUGGCGUUAGAGAUACAAACGUUGAAGUCAUAACCAACAUUCGCAAAGCCGUAGACACAGGUCAGGUACCCCCUCAAGUUAUGGAUGAUGUACUCGUUCAAGUGAGUCCUAAUGACACUCAGUCGAAGAUAAUGGAUAAAGUUCGAAAAGCGAUGAUGAAAAGUCACGUGUCUCCAGAAGUUGUAGAUGAUGUUUGCUGCAGAAUUGAGCCUAACGAAAAUAAGGGAGAUAUCAUGAAAUCCCUUCGAAGAGCGAUCGCAGCUGGGGACUUAUCUCCUGCUGUUUUAGAAGAUUUAGUUGCGGACACAAGACCCACUGACAGUCAGUCUCAGAUCGUGAAGAAAGUUCACAGAGCAAUAACAAGAAGACAUGUUACUCCAUCGGCAAUGCACGAAGUAUUCUCUACAAUAUAUGCUUGUGAUGACAAAGCGGAAAUUUUAAAGAAAGUCCGGAAAGCGGCAGAAAAAGGACAGUUACCAUUGGUCAGUUUGAGUGAAAUACUCGAUACUGUACAUCCAAGUGAUAAUAAGGUACAAGUUUUAGAGAAAAUUCGUAGAGCAAUAGAAAAGCGACAAGUAUCGCGGUAUGUGUUAGACUCGAUCUUUGCCAACCAUCUUCAGCCUAGUGAGAAUACAGCAAACGUUAUAAACAACAUUCGGAAAGCUAUAAAAGCGGGGCAACUAUCACCUGAUAUUAUGGAUGAUAUUCUCACCAAUGUACAAUCAAUUGAUACCGAUUCUCAAGUCAUGAAAAAGAUCCGUAAAGCGCUAGAAAAAAGAAAAGUGCCACCGCGUAUCAUUGAUGAUAUUUUCACCAAUUUAGAACUUAUGAGCAGCAGGACUGUUAUAACGAAAGUUAGAAAAGCGAUAUGCAAAGGAGAGCUAGUGCCUGCUGUAAUGUACGAUAUAAAUGCCACUGUACGACCAAAUGACUCAAAAUCUGAAGUCUUAAAGAAAGUCAAGAAAGCCAUAGUAAAAUACCAUAUCCCGGCCAGCGAUGCGGAUGAUAUAUUAACAAAAAUGCGAGCCAGUGAUAAUAAGUCUGCACUCAUCAAAAACAUGCAAAAAGCGGUAGACAAAGGUCAGCUAGACCCUGCUGUUUUGGGAAAAAUUUUGGCCAACGUUACACCAAGUGAUAAUAAGAUUAAAAUUAUGAACAGAUUGCAAGAAGCGGUACAGAAAAGACGCGUGCCGACCAAAGUUAUUGAUGAAAUCUUGGGACCGGCAAAGCUCGUGGCUUCUAAGUCAAGAGUUAUGAUGAACGUUCGGAAAGCGAUAGCCCAGAAACAACUGUCACCCGAUGUCUACGAGGAUAUUCUGGACAACGUAUGCUCAACCGAUACACAUUCAGUCGUCUUGAACAAAGUUCGUAAAGCAAUUGAAAAACAACACAUCAGUCCCACCGUGAUGGAAGAUAUUCUAGCCAAAGUAAGAUCUAGUAAUACUAGGUCUGACGUUAUAAAGCACGUCGGCAAAGAGGUAGAAAAAGGAAAUAUACCACCAUCUGUUAUGAAGGAAAUAAUAAAAACUAUAAGCCCUAGUGACAAUAAAAACAAAGUUAUGGAGAAAGUUCGUCAAGUUCUGGAAAAAGUACACAUCCCUUCAGAUGUAGUAGAUGAAAUACUUGGUAGUCAGAAGCUCAGUGAUUCUAGAUGUGAAAUUAUUAAUAGUGUUCGCAAAGCUAUAGGCCGAGGGCAACUGUCGCCAGCUGUGAUGGAUGAUAUAAUGGCGACGGUUGGCCCAAAAGACACAAGAUCUCAAGUUUUGAAGAAAGUCAGAAAAGCAAUAACGAAAAAACACAUCACACCAUCCGUGAAGGAUAAGGUUUUAGCACGCGUGCGAACUGGACAAAACAAAUCACAGAUUUUUAAGAACGUCCGUAAAGCGGUUGAUAACGGACUACUACCACCUGAUAUUGUAAGUGAAAUCCUCGUCAAUGUAACACCGACCGAUAAUGAGUAUGCGGUCAAAGAGAAGAUUCGUCAAGCGGUAGAAAAAAGACACGUGCCUCCAAAUGUAUUGGAGGACAUCCUCGCCAGUCAACAUCCUUUUCAUGAUUCAGAAGUUAUGCAGAAUAUACGUAAAGCUGUUGGGGAAGGAAAAUUAUCACCAUCAGUUGUUGAAGAUAUACUAUCCAGUGUAGGUCCUAAAGACAAGAAGUCUGUAGUCAUGAAGAAAGUCCAGAAAGCUAUUGGAAAGAGGCAUAUAACACCCUCUGUGAUCAAUGAAGUUCUCACGAAAGCACAAUGCAGUAAGGAUAUUCCAGAAAUUAUGAAAGUCCUCCGUCGAGCCGCGAGGAGAGGUCAAGUUCCACCCGAAGUUUUCAGUGAAGUACUCAACUGUAUAAAUCCUAAUGACACUAAAUAUAUUGCUAUGGAAAAGGUCCAGAAAGCACUGCAGAACAGGCGUGUAUCACCAAAUAUUAUGGAUGACAUUUUUCUCACUAGUCCAAAGCCGAAAUCUAGUCAACAUGAUAUUUUGAACAAAGUCCGUAAAGCUAUUGGAAUGGGGCAUCUAACACCGUCCGUGAUGGAUGAUAUACUCGUUGAUUCACGUCCAUCGGAAACAGAAUCACAAGUUAUGAGGAAGGUCCGCAAAGCCAUAGGAAAGAAGCACGUGACCCCUUCAGUAAUGGAAGACAUAAUUGCCAAUGUACAAGGCGCUGACAGUCAAUCUGAAAUUAUUAACAGGAUCCGUGAAGGGGUAGGAAAAGGAAAGCUGCCACCCGCAAUAUUAGGCGAAAUACUGGCGAAAGUGAAACCAAAGGAUAAGAAAAAAACGGUCAUAAAAAAGGUUCAUCAAGCGUUACAAAAAAGACAUGUGCCAGCUCAUAUCAUGGAUGAUAUUUUCGACACUAGAAUGAUUCCUACUAAAUCAAAAGUACUGAAAGGCAUUCAAAAAGCGAUCGGUAAAGGAAAGUUAGAACCAUCUAUUUUAGAUGAAGUAAUUGAAAAAACAAGUCCGAGUGAUAGUCGGUCAGUUGUCCUCAAGAAAAUCCGCAGAGCGGUUGGUAAGAAGCAUAUGACUCCUUCAGUGAUGGAGGAAGUGAUGACAGAACUAAGUGAUAGUGACGACUCAUCGGAAAUCAUAGAGAAAGUCUAUAAGGCUGCGGAUAAAGGACAUUUACCACCUGCAGUUAUGAAUGACAUUCUCGCACACGUGCUACCUGAUGACGACAAAACUGAUGUUCUUAAGAAAGUCUGCAAAGCCAUCGAAAAAAGCAAAAUACCAAAAGAAACAAUGGAGCAAUUAGCUGAUCAUCUACGACCGAAAGAUGAAGAGGAAAUCAUGAAGCGUGUUCGCAAAGCGGUCAUCUCGGGGAAAAUGACGCCUUCUGUCAUUGAAGCGUUAAAAACAUUAGAAAAAUCUGAUACAGAAAGCGUUACAGAUAAGAAAUCUAAAGUACUAAAGAAUAUUCGAAGAGCGGUAGCACAAGGACAACUUUCACCAGCAGUUUUAGAUGAUCUAAAAGCCAAUUUAAAACAGAAUGAUAAAAAAUCCACAGUCGUCAAAAAAGUUCGUAAAGCUAUAGCAAAGAGGCACAUUUCUCCAGCAGUGAAGGAAGAUGUGCUAGCUAAUGCAGCGACGGCUGUAGAUGGCCCUGAAAUUGUAAACAAGAUUCGAAAAGCUGUGGAUAAGGGAAUUAUACCCACUACUGUAAUGUACGAUGUUCUGAAAAUCGUAGACCCGAAAGAUACGAAGGAAAAAGUCUUAAAGAAAGUUCGUGCUGUAUUGGAAACGAGUACAAUAUCGCCAUAUGUCUUGGAUGAUGUGCUUGCCGAUUUGACACCUAGAGAUAAUAAAGCAGAUGUCAUAAUGAAUAUUCGGAGAGCGGUUGAUAAAGGACAACUGGCACCAGAUGUCCUGGAUGAAGUUCUAGCUACAGUUCGUCCAACUGAUAAUAAGUCUCAGGCCAUGAAGAAAGUGCGCAAAGCAAUUAUAAAAAGGCACGUGACACCAUCUAUCAAGGAUGACCUACUUGCGAAUGUGCGUACUAGUAAAGAUAAAUCUGAAGUAAUGAAAAGUGUGCGGAAAGCGGUGCAAAGAGGAGAACUACCAAACGACGUUUUAAAUAAGAUACUAGACACUGUAAAGCCUGCUGAUACUAAGUCAGUUAUCGUAGAUAAAGUCAAAGCUGCUUUGGAAGCAAAACAAAUACCGCCAACUUUGAUAGAUGAUAUUGCUACUAAACUGUAUCCUAGGAAAGACAAUAAAGCCGAAGUUAUAGCUAACCUACGUAAAGUCGUGGAAAAGGGACAAAUCUCUGCCGAUGUGUUGGAGGAUGUCUUAUUGAAUGUACGUAACAAUGACAAUAAAUCCCAAGUCAUGAAGAAACUUCAAAAAGCAAUAGCAAAGAGGCAUGUGACGCCAUCGGUCGCCGAAGAAAUAUUGAUAAAAGCACAAGCUAGCCCAGAUAAAUCAGCAGUUAUGAAAAAUCUUCGUAAAGCGGUAAACAAGGAGACGUUACCGCCCGAUGUUAUGGACGAUAUUUUAGCUAAUGUAAGACUUAGCGACGAUAAAUCUCAAGUUGUAGACAAAAUCCGAACAGCGGUUAGGAAGAGGCAAGUUUCGCCCUACGUGAUGGACGAUCUAAUGCCUGAAUUACAACCUUCUAAAGAAAAAAGAGGAGAAAUUCUAAAGAACCUACGGGAAGCGUUAGACAAAGAACAAUUACCACCUGCAGUAAUGGAAGAUAUACUGACGAAUGUGCACGACAAUGAUGAUCAGUCAGAUGUCAUGAAAAAGGUCCGGAAAGCUAUAACCAAGAACUACAUAUCUCCUUCUGUUGCAAACAUGGUCCUCACUAACGUCAACUCUAGUGAAAAAAGGUCACAAGUUCUAAAGAAUGUUCGGAAAGCUGUCGAUAACAAACAAAUACCAGCCGAUGUAAUGGACAAAAUCAACGCUAGUAUUAAACCAAAAGACACCAAAUCUAUGGUUAUUGAAAAAGUGAAGAAAGAGAUUAAUGAAAGAAAAAUGCCAAAGUACGCCAUAAAUGAUCUUGUUGCGAAAAUACAACCCGUUGAUCAUAAGGAAGAUGCCGUUAAGCAGAUUCGACGAGCGGUUGCAAAAGGACAACUGGCACCUGAAGUACUGAAAGAAGUAAUGACCGAUGUGCGUCCUACUGAUAAAAAGUCGGAAAUCAUGAACAAAGUUCUUAAUGCUAUAGCAAAACAGCAUGUAGCGCCUUCAGUGGCAGAGAAAGUUCUACAACGUGCACAAGUUGGUAAAACAAGAUCUGGAGUUUUAAGGAACGUGUUAAGAGCUGUGGACAAAGGAGAACUACCAGCUGAUUUCAUGGACGACCUUCUCAAUGAUAUAAAUCCGUCGGACAAUAAGGCUGAUGUUGUGGAGAAAGUCCGAAAAGGUCUAGAGAAGAGGCAAAUUCCCCCCAUCGUAAUGGAUGAUAUCGUUGUCAGUCUACAACCGCCCAAUCAGGAACAGCAUGAGGCGUUACAAGUCAUACGAGAUGCGGUAGAAAAAGGUCAAAUUGAGCCUGAUGUUAUGGACGAAGUAGUUGAAAAGUUACGUCCAAGCGACAAAAAGUCGAAAAUAUUGAAAGAUUUCAAAAGAGCUGUGGCAAGAAGGCAUUUAACGCCGUCGGUGACGGAUUUGGUACUCGCCGAUGUAAGAAAGGGAGAAAAUAAGAGCGACGUUCUCAAAAAUGUAGAAGAAGCCGUAAAGAAGAAACGGUUACCGCAAACUGUCAUGGACGAUAUUAAAGCAUCUGUAAAACCUGCUGACACCAAGUCAGAGAUGUUAGCGAAGAUAACCAAAGCUGUAGAACAGAGGCAAAUUUCACCAGUCUUCUUAGACGAUAUAGUCGAAAACUUGACACCACCAGAACAGAAAGAAGAUAAAACAACGAAAAUUAAGAAUAAUCUUUUAGGAAAUAUACGUAAAGCUGUAGACAAAGGUGAUAUAGAUGCUAAGGUUUUGGAUGAAGUAAAAAAAGAAAUUCAACCGGAUGAUAAGGCAUCUCAAGUUCUUAAGAAAGUCCGUAAGGUGUUAGCAAAAAAGCGCGUGCCUUCCAGUAUUGCUAAUAAAAUGUUAGAAGAAGCAUCGUCUGAGGAUGCUCUUAGUGACGAACAGACAACAGAUUCCGGCGAACAGGAUGCUCAAAUGUUGAAUAGGAUGGAGAAACGUUUAGAGCAAAAGGAUAAGGCUGAUAUUAUGAGUAACGUUCAAAAAGCUGUCAAAGAUGGUAAACUAGCACCCGCUGUUAUGGAUGACAUAUUGGCCAACGUACGAAAAACUGACAAUAAGUCUAAAGUUAUGAAGAAGGUUCAAAAAGCGAUAGAAAAGAAACACGUAACUCCAUCAGUGAUGGAUGACGUAUUAGCCAACGUGCGUGCCAGUGACAACGUUUCAGAUGUUAUGAAAAAUGUACAGAAAGCAAUUCAAAAAGGGCAAUUACCACCAGAAGUAAUGGAUGAAGUUCGUGCUAAUGUUCGGCCAAAUGACAGGAAAGAUGACGUCAUUAAGAAAGUUCGAGAAGUUAUAGAGAAGAGGAAAGUAUCAGAUUACGUAGUCGAUGACAUAAUGACAAACUUGGAAUCGAAUACCCCUAAAGGAAAAGCUUUAAAGAAUAUAAAAACAGCGGUAGAGAAUGGCCAACUAGCUCCCGCUGUUGCUCAAGAUGUAAUGGACAACGUAACGCCCGAAGACACUCAAUCUAUAGUCAUGAAGAAAGUCCAGGAAGCUAUAACAAAAAAGAACGUGAAACCCCAAGAUAUGGAUAAAGUGCUUAAUGAUGUUGAGAAAAGUGACAAUAAAUCGCAAAUAAUAAAACAUGUUCGCUCAGCGGUUAACAAGGGUAAGCUCCCACCAGCUGUGCUGAAAGAGGUACUGGCCAGCGUGGCCCCUGGGGACAAUAAGGAUGAAGUGGCCAAGAAAGUUCGUAAAGCUGUGAAAAGCAGACAAGUGCCCCCAGAAGUCGUGGAUAACAUAAUGAGUAAUUUAAAACCUGUUGAUAGAAGACAAAAAGCUAUUGAGAAUGUUCAAAAAGCGGUAGAAAAAAACAAUCUACCUCCUGAAAUUAUGAAAGAAGUCAUGGAUAAUGUGCAUCCCAAUGACACUGAUUCAAAAAUCGCCACGAAGAUUCGUAAAGCGGUGGCGAAGAGGUAUGUGACACCUACAGUAGCAAAUGCUGUUCUCGCUGAUGCAAGCAAGGGCGACAACAAGUCCGCCAUAAUGAAGAAUGUACGAAAAGCGGUAGCAAAAGGCCAGUUGCCAGCAGACGUUAUGGAUGACAUAGUCGCCGAUCUUAAGCCUGGGGACACAAAAAAGCAAGUCUUGGCGAAGGUUCAAAAAGCUAUCGAAAAGAGGAAGAUGGAACCGAAAGCAAUAGAUGAAUUAGUCGACGAUCUGCGUCCAAUGGACGAAAAGUCUGAAGCUUUGAAGAAUUUGCGUAAAGCGGUACGCGAAGGACAAAUGGAACCAGCGGUUAUGGACGAUGUAAUGGCCAACUUGAAGCCUGGUGAUCAUAAUUCUGUUAUUCUCAAGAAAGUACAAGAAGCGGUAGCUAAAAAGCACGUGUCACCAUCCGUCGCAAGCAAAAUGCUAGAAGAUCUAAAACGCGCAGAAAAUAAAGAAGCUGUCAUUGAUACCGUCCGGAAAGCGGUCAACAAGGGACAGUUACCAGCCGCUGUUAUGGAAGAUAUCCUCGCCGAUGUAAAGCCUGGUGAUAAAAAGGCUAUAGUCGAGAAGAAAGUCCGUAGAGCUAUUGAAAAGAGAAAACUGCCCCCCGGUGUAAUGAAGAAUGUAGUAGCCCCUUUGGAACCUGAUCAUAAGGCCGAAGCUUUAAAGAAAAUUCGUGAACAGGUAGAUAAGGGUCAGUUGUCGAAAGCUGUAGUUGAAGAUUUGGAAGGAGAUAUCAAUCCUGAUGAUAGCAAGUCUGAGGUUAUGAAGAAGGUUAACAAAGCAAUUGCAAAGAGACACAUAACGAAUGCAGUGGCAGAAAAUGUACUUGCUGAUGUCAAAAAAGGUGCUAAUAAGGCAGCCAUCUUGAAAAGGGUUCAGAAAGCUGUUGACAAAGGCGAAAUGCCACCCUCUGUCUUACAAGAGAUCAAAGCCGAUUUGAAGCGCGGUGACAGAAAGUCUGACGUUUUAAAGAAAGUUCGUAAAGCUGUAGAAAAGAGAAAACUGGCCCCAGGUGCAAUGAAGAAAGUUGUAGCUCCUUUGCAACCUGAUCAUAAGGCCGAAGUUUUAAAGAAAAUUCAUGAAGAGGUAGAUAAGGGUCAGCUGUCAAAAGCUUUAGUUGAAGAUUUAGAAGCAGAUAUUAAUCCUAGUGAUACUAAGUCUGAAGUUAUGAAGAAGGUUAACAAAGCGAUUGCAAAGACACACGUAAAGAAUGCAGUGGCAGAAACUGUACUCGCUGAUGUCAACAUAGGGACUAAUAAGGCAGAUAUCAUGAAAAGGGUCCAAAAUGCCGUUGACAAAGGCGAACUGCCACCCUCAGUGUUAGAGGAGAUCAAUGCCGAUUUGAAGCUCAAUGACAAAAAAUCUGAUAUUUUAAAGAAAGUUCGUAAAGCUAUAGAAAAGAAAAAACUGCCCCCCGGUGUAAUGAAGAAUGUAGUAGCCCCUUUGAAACCUGAUCCUAAGGACGAAGUUUUAAAGAAAAUUCGUGAACAGGUAGAAAAGGGUCAGUUGUCGAAAGCAGUACUUGAAGAUUUGGAAGGAGAUAUGAAUCCUGGUGAUAGUAAGGCUGAGGUUAUGAAGAAGGUUAACAAAGCAAUUGCAAAGCGGCACAUACCGAAUGCAGUGGCAGAAAAUGUAGUUGCUGAUGUUAACAAAGGUGCUAAGAAGGCAGAUAUCAUGAAAAGAGUUCAGAAAGCGGUUGACAAAGGCGAACUGCCACCCUCUGUCUUAGACGAGAUCAAAGCCGAUUUGAAGCGCGGUGACAAAAAGUCUGAUGUCUUAAGGAAAGUUCGUAAAGCUGUAGAAAAGAAAAAACUGCCCCCCGGUACAAUGAAGAAAGUAGUAGCUCCUUUGGAACCUGAUCAUAAGGAAGAAGUUUUAAAGAAAAUUCAUGAACAGGCAGAUAAGGGUCAGUUGUCGAAAGCAGUACUUGAAGAUUUGGAGGAAGACAUUAAUCCUGAUGAUAGCAAGUCUGAGGUUAUGAAGAAGGUUAACAAAGCAAUUGCAAAGAGACACGUAACGAAUGCAGUGGCAGACAAAGCACUUGCUGAUGUUAACAAAGGUGCUAAUAAGGCAGAUAUCAUGAAAAGAGUUAAGAAAGCCGUUGACAAAGGCGAACUGCCGCCCUCCGUAUUAGAGGAGAUCAAUGCCGAUUUGAAGCUCAAUGACAAAAAAUCUGAUAUUUUAAAGAAAGUUCGUAAAGCUGUAGAAAAGAGAAAACUGCCCCCAGGUGUAAUGAAGAAUGUAGUAGCCCCUUUGAAACCUGAUCAUAAGGACGAAGCUUUAAAGAAAAUUCGUGAACAGGUAGAUAAGGGUCAGUUAUCGAAAGCAGUACUUGAAGAUUUGGAGGAAGAUAUGAAUCCUCAAGAUAGCAAGUCUGAGGUUAUGAAGAAAGUUAACAAAGCAAUUGCAAAGAGACACAUACCGAAUGCAAUAGCAGACAAUGUACUUGCUGAUGUUAACGAAGGUGCUAAGAAGGCAGAUAUCAUGAAAAGGGUCCAAAAUGCCGUUGACAAAGGUGAACUGCCACCCUCUGUCUUAGACGAGAUCAAUGCCGAUUUGAAGCUCGGUGACAAAAAGUCUGAUGUCUUAAAGAAAGUUCGUAAAGCUAUAGAUAAGAAACGAGUGUCACCCACUGUAAUGGCUGAUUUGGCCGGUGUUGAGCAGCCCGUAGGAGAUCAGUCUGAUCCCAUGAAGAACAUUAAAGAAGCUAUCAAGAAUGGAGAACUAGAGCCGGCUGUCAUGAAUGAUGUGAUGGCUUCUGUAAAACCUGGGGAUACAAAGUCUGAGGUUAUGAAAAAAGUUCGCGCAGCGGUAGCCAAGAGGUAUGUCACACCCGCUGCGAUGGAAGAUGUACUCGGUACUGUAAAGCCUACAGACAAUAAGAAACAAAUUUUGAAGAAAAUGCGUAAAGCGGUCGCCAAAGGUCAGGUACCCAAAUCCGCGAUAGAUGAGAUUGAGAAGAAUGUAAAAUUCAUUAAAGACCCGGAAGAAGUAAUGGAGGAGGUCCGCAAAGGCUUAGAAAAGAAACAAGUGCCACCAGCAGUGAUGAAGGAGAUAAGGCGCAAAAGCGAUAGGUCCCCAAUCAUGACGAAGAUUCAAGAAGCAUUGAAGAAGAAGAAGCUGUCAGCGUCAGUAAUGGAUGAUAUAGCUGCCCAUAUGGGUCCAGGAGAGAAAAGAACUGAAGUCAUGAAGAAAGUCCGCCAAGCCGUGGAAAAGGGUCGUUUGACUGCAUCUACUUUGUCAAUGAUAAGAGACAUAGAUGAAGCCAAACAAUCAAAAGAUAUGGAUAACGUCCUCAAUGAACUUGGUCAAAAUACUGCAACGAAGUCCGAUGUUAUCAAUAAGCUACGUUUAGCUGUAGAUAAAGGUCAGAUGCCGAAAUCUGUCUUGAACGACGUAAUCAAAAGUCUCGAAACCAAAGAUGGGAAAGCUGAAGCUAUUGAGAAAGUCCGAAAAGCUAUAAGAAAACGCCAAUUACUUCCAAAGAUAACAAAAGUCGUAAGAAUUAGAUGCGGCGACGUACUCAGUCCCAGUGAAAUUAAAAUGAUUAAAGAUGCGGCGAAGGCAGGAGAAAUUUCACCAUCUGUGAUGAAGAUAAUUAUGAAGAAAAACAAUGAAUUUAAUUUCGAUGUGAAGAAGGAAUCGCCCAUAAAAAAGAUUUUCAAAAAGAAAAAGGAUAAAAGAGUAAUCAUCGACAAGACAGAUAUAAUGGCUUACGUUAAAGGUGCUGACACGGACGCACAAGUUAUAAGGAGAGUGCGAACAGCAAUAAUGCAAGGCGACAUAUCACCGUCAGUCAUGAAAUUGUUAUUAAACAAAGAUAAUGCUGGUAUUAUAUUUUCGGAUGAAAUUGUACGUGCAAUAUUUCCACACACAAAGGGAAAAAUUCAACCGUGUCGAAAUACUUGUCAAAACGUUACAAGAUCUAAAAGCUUAAAGACCACAGAAGCAUCCAUGAUGCCCUCACUGAAACAAACGUUAAGCGAACGUCGUACAAACUGUGCUAACUACAACUUUUGUCCAGAACGCAAGACCAGAAGAAAAAUUCCAUUUUUUCCCGGUGCACCUACAGUAAAUACACGGAAUAUUAUGUUUGAUGGCAUGCCUAAGUACACAACGCAGACGGUGUUCACUGUCCAACAAACAGAAAACAUGCUAACACCAAGAUACGGAAUAACUCACCCAGGCAAGUCAUCCGCAACUUGUAAAUGUGGAAGUGAAAUUUGUAGAAAAGAAUGGCUUAAUAUGAAAUUGUCGAAUAUGAAACUGACAGAAAGUGAAGCGAGAUUAAUAGCUUGUGUAUGUGGCACUAAGAUGAGUGAUUAUGAGUCUAAAAAAAUUCUUAAUUCAAUAGAAAAAGCUAAGAAAGCACAAAUAAUGCGAAAAGAACAACAACGGUUUAAAGAAGACAUACAACAGAAAAAUAUACAAAAGAAGAUAAACAAAUUGAAGAAAAAGCAACAAAUUGUAGAAUUAAAGUACCGGAUUAAGAAGAGGAAAAUGGAAGAGAAAAGAAAGAGGAAUUUAAAAAAGAGAUGUAGUAAAUUAGAUGCUCCUUAUCAGAAACACAGGAAAGAAAUGGAUAGACGCGCUUGGAAACAAGUUAGAGAAAGGAAGGAUUUAUCACGCAGUGCGCUGGCAGCUGAAUCAGCAUUAGACGCGGGCACCUUCAGCGUGCGAGCUAUUUUGAAAUUCAUAAAAUUGACGUGUGCAGCACUCAGGCAUCCUAAAGACAGCUAUCAUGAUUUAAAAACAGCCUUAAAGGACCCAUGUUGCUCUGUGCGAAAGUUGCGGCAGUUUUGUGACGAUGAAGGUAUUUACGAGCCAGCUGCAAGAAUCAAACAUAGAAUAGGUUUCGUUACAGAAAAACUCAAGAAAAAGAGAAGGAGACCAGUUAAUUUUGGAUGUAACCUUUAUAUGGCAUCUCGAAAUAAAACGCCAUGUUUAUGGGUAUUUUACGCUUGCCCAUGGUUUUACCCUCAGUGUAUCAGUUUGCUUUCAGGUCUUAGAAAUUUUUCUCGUAUGUUAAUGUUAAUGCUAGCGUUUAUUGUAUGGAGUCCGUGUUUAUUCUGUUUUUGUCCUACCUGUUUGAAAGUACGAUGACUGAAACAAGAAUUUUGGUGAAGUUUUGUUAAAGCAAAUGAAUCGAUC